AUGUCUGCCCCGUCGUCCCCCGCGCGCUCGCACGUAACAGAGCCUCUGCUCGACGACCCCUCCAUCGACGCCACCCUGCUCGCCAGCCCCGUCUCCACGCCUACGCGCACGGUCGCAAUAAUCAAACACCAUGCGCUCGCCAGCCGGUUCGAAAUCGAGCAGCGCCUGUCCGAGGCGGGCUUCGAGAUUGUGAAGGAGCGCCAGAUGGAGUUUGACGUCGAGACGGACCCGGACACGCUCUUCGAGCUCUUCGGACCCGACUUUGAGUCGUUUGCCGAAGGCCCGGUCUGGGUGUACGUCCUCGAGCGCCGCCGCGCCGUCGAGGUCUGGCACUCGCUCAUGGGCGACGCGGACCCCGCCGUCGCCCAGCGAGAGACGCCGCACGCGAUCCGCGCGCUCUACGGGCUCAGUGCGGCACAGAACGCGGUCAUGGGUUCCCCCGACGCGCAGACGGCCGAGGUGCAGAUCAUGGCGCUCUUCGCCUCCUCGCCUCCUUUCCCCACCACGGAACUCCCUGACGUCGGUCCCGGCUCGAUGCGCUCCGUCUCGUCCUCCGUGCUCGAGCGCUUCGCAGCGGAGGCGGGGGCAGCGAGUACGCCCCGUCGUCGCACGGGCAAUGGCGCGAGCACAGGCAAGGGCUCGGGCUUCGUCGCGCGCACGCUGCCCGCGACGCACCUCCUGCCCGACAUCGUGCCGCGGAUGUCGAAGGCGGCGGCGCUCCGCGCGGGGAUCGCGUACGAGGGCCCGAAGCGGGUCGCGCCCACCAAGGAGCGCCUCGCGGAGACGUUCGCGAACGUGCCUGGGCACAAACGCUCGGGGACGAUCACAGUCGCCUCGACGGCGCCGCCGGCCGUCGCCCCGAGGAUGACGCGCGCGGCGAGCCUGAGGCUGGGAUCAAGCCCGAGGAGAAGAAGCGCGGCCGUCGCUCGCGGUGGGCGUGCCGGACACAAGCGCAGGGAGAGCAUCGCGGUCGCGAGCACGCGCCCACCCUCGGUCGCGCCGAGGCUGAACAAGAGCGCGGCGCUGCGUGCGCAAAAGGAGGCGGCCCCACCGUCAUCAUACAUGUGUGCGUAUCAUCUUCGCUUCUCCGUGCAUGUGUUCAAGAGCCCGACCUCGACAUCCACUGCACCGUCUCGAUCGUCGUCGCGGCAGUCGUUAGCGGCCCGACGUCCUCACGCCCAAGCCUCGCGCGCCUCCCUCCGCGGCUCGCUGCAGCCCGUACAGCUCCCGCACCGCACUCUCGCGCACUGCCGCGCCAAAGAAGGAGGAGGUCCCGCAAAACCGCGUCCUCGCCCAGCAGCCUGCAGGCGCCGACGAUGCCCCGAGGCCAACAAGAGCGCGCUGCUGCGUGCGGCGAAAAUGGCGGCGCAGAACCUGGUGCAGGGCAAGGCGAAAGGCCCUGUCGGCUCCGCCCCCGCGCGGUCCGCGCAUGACAGUCCCCGUUACGCGACGGCCGCGCGUACAACACGCCCGUAG